AUGUUGAAUCAACAGAAUCUUGCAACGCCUCCACAAUCCCCUCCACAGCAUUUGCUGUACUUUUCACAUCCACUCACCGACUAUUAUAUAUCAUCUUCGCAUAACACAUAUCUAAUAGGACGACAAGUUGGCGGGGAGUCUUCCCUUGAAGGAUACAUCAAAGCACUUAAAAAAGGCUGUAGAUGUGUAGAGAUUGAUGUGUGGGACGGUUCGGGAGGAGGAGCAAGCAGUCUGGUGUUGGAUGGAAACAGUGCAAAUACAAAUACCAAUGGUGGGACUAGUGCUGCUACUAUCGCUGUUGUUGCCGAGCCAGUGGUGAACCAUGGACGAACAUUUACCAAAUCUAUCAAAUUCUCAGAUGUGAUAAGAACAAUUAAGGAAUAUGCAUUUGAAAGCUCUCCUUACCCAGUUAUUCUAAGUUUGGAAAUUAACUGCUCUGCAAACUACCAGAGAAGUGUGGUUACAAUCAUAAAAGAGACUUUAGGUAAGAGUUUGGUUACUGAAACAAUCAACGAGUACUCGAUACUACCCUCGCCUGAAGAUUUAAAGUACCGUUUUUUGGUAAAGGUGAAAAAGACAAGUCCAUUUAAGGAUUUGUUUGAGACAGAAGACGGAAGCUAUACGACAUCAACAACCACGCCCACUUCAUUUAGCGAAGAUAAUUGCAAUAUUAAUAUUAAUGGUAAUAACAAGCUGCAAUCAGGCUUAGGUAUAGGAGGGCUUCGUCGAGUCACUGCACCAAAAAUCAUCGAUGUACUAAGUGAGUUGGGCGUAUAUAUCCAAGGCAUAAAAUUUCGCAACUUUUCAUUACCCGAGUCAAAAGUUUACAACCACUGUUUUUCGUUAAGCGAAAAAGCCACGAACAAGAUGUUGAAAGAUGAGGUUAAGCGCACAUCGCUAGACAAGCAUAACAGGAAAUAUUUUUUACGAGUUUACCCAUCAAGAUUUCGACUCAAAUCGUCCAACUUUAUCCCCAUCAAUUAUUGGAAAAUUGGAGUUCAGAUGGUGGCCACGAACUGGCAGACAUAUGACUUGGGUCAACAACUCAACGAGGCAAUGUUUGAAGAUCCGCAUAAUAAGAGCGGAUACGUUCUAAAACCUUCAUACUUGCGUAAACCCAUUAUUAAGAGUUCGAAAUUUUACAAGAUGCCUUCUCCGCCGGCGGAGAAGAUCAAGUUUAGCAUUACUAUAGUUGGUGCUCAUGAGCUACCCACAAGCACAUAUGCCGAUGUGUUAAAUCCAUUUGUAACUGUUGAGGUCAUCGGAGCUGACAGUAUCGAAUCUGAUACAGAAGAGGGCGAGUUGGGAAAAAGGACUAGAGUGAUCAAUAAUAAUGGUUUUAGUCCCAUAUGGGAUGAGACUUUUAAUGGAGAGAUUACAGGUUUGAGAGAUUUCAUUUUUGUGAAAUUUGUUGUUGGAUCCUAUUCUACACCAUGGUCCGAGUCGAGCAAAUUCGACACUCAUACACCAGCUACCGUGGCAAUGGUUGUAACAAAGUUGGAUCAUUUACAACAAGGGUAUCAGCACUUACAUUUAAAAGACCCUUUCGGUGAAAGAUUACCGUUUUCUUCCCUAUUUGUCAAAGUAUCUUAUGAGUAUAAUGCAAAUCUAAUGUAA